AUGAGCGACGCAGCUCUCCAACUUCCAUCGGGCAUACGAUCGGAUGAAGAGCUCAUCUUCGAAUGGAUGACCGAAGACGACAUCUCAAACAUCACGCCUAAGAAGCGAGCCCACUUUGUUCGAUGGAGUCGUGCAUAUGAAUAUUUACGCCUGAAAGGCAACAAAAGAUGGCAACCCGACAAGAUGCGCAAGAUACAGUCGUGGAAGGAAAGAAUAAUCGCCCUCACUAAUCGACGAAAGGCGGAAUUUUAUUACAUGCCAAAUGAUUCGACUGCGGCUCAGGCAAAAUCUUCUUCGCCUACCACACAAGUCAGUGCAGCAGUCGCGCAACCUGCAGCAAAUCGUGCCUUUGGGAUCGCUGAACUGCGUGAGAACAUUCUCUGUCGGUUGGACGUAUACGAUCGAUUGAGUGCUUGGAGGGUGUCAAGCUCAUGGCAUGGCACUAUCAAACACAUUUUCCAAUCUGACAAUCACAACCGCCGCCUGUACGACCCCGUGGAAUAUGGCGCUGCUCAAAAUUCUGGAAAGACCCCAGCGUGGUUACAGCCCGGCUUCGAAGAACUCGAGAACUUUGAAGAAAAGGUCUGCGGGCUUGAUGGUCCAGGCUUCGGACUACUAUAUGCGCCUGCCCGCCUCUCCCAGGCUGUAGCAUUGACAAUGAAGACUAUAGAUCUUCUUCAUACCGCAUAUGCGCGUUUCUGGGCCCCGGCAAUGCCCUCUCCGUUUGGCAUACAGUACGAUGAUACCAGUUUACCGGUACCGCAAUGGCUGGACUUCACCCAGUUUCAACUUGCACCCUGCGUCGCCGAGAUCUUUGGAGAACGGUUCCAGAUGCAGCGAGGCAGGUAUGAGGUCUCUCUUAGAACGAAUGCACCUGCAGCAAACCUGCUACUAGGCCCUGAUGUAGACGUAUUAGGUCUUCGCCGAUGCCUGGGCUCAACAUUUGCCACACAACCACCCUGUCAGACUAUCGGUGUUUACGUGAUACAGGCACAAGAGGAACCCACCCUGAGACUUCUCGAGCGCAUCCACAACAUUGAAGGCAUUCGUCUUGUCCAGCUUCUCGAUACACUUCACAAACAAACUGGCUCUCUUCUGGAACACUGGAAUGCGGAAGUCGGCAAAGUGCAGACAGGUCUCGAAUUCCAUGAACCGGCUGAAUUGUACGAUUUCGGCAUGAAGAGAAUGCAUUGGGCCAGAUCGACUGCAACCCCAAAGUUUGUCAUACUGCUAGACAAACAUACCAUGGUACAAGCGGCAGACUUGAACGGACAUUAUAGUCGCGCGGCGUUGCUUUUGAACCGGUCAGACUGUGACGUCCUGACAGAUGAGUGGAACAAAAUGGAGUAUCGCGAUGAAUACAUAGACAGCUUUAUGGUUGCACCUAUAGAGCCAUCAAGAGAGGCUUCGCUUUGGUCUUCGGAAACGGAAGAAGAAUUAGUUCAGAAGAUCCAGGAAAGUGAAAUACGACACUCCGAAGCAUUCAGGACACUAAUGUUCGGAGGUUACGGGCUUUAG